AUGGGGACAAUCUUCUUAUCACAAACUAUUACAGGAAUCCUGGGGAAUUUCUCUCUUCUUUCCCAUUAUCUCUAUCUCUACUUCACAGGAUAUAAGUUUAGACCCACAGAUUUGAUCAUCAAACACCUGACUGUAGCCAACUGCUUAGCCAUUCUCUUGAAAGCAGUCCCCCAAACCAAGACAGCUUUGGGUAUGAAGCAUUUUCUCAGUGAUAUUGGGUGCAAGCUUGUGUUCUAUGUGCACAGAGUGAGCAAGGAUGUGUCCACUGGCAUCACCUGCCUCCUGAGUGUCUCACAGGCCAUCACCAUCAGUCCUAGUAAAAGUAGAUGUGCCAAGUUCAAAGCAAAAGCUCCCAAGUACAUUGGGUCCUGCAAUAUCCUCUGCUGGAUGCUGAACCUGAUACUAAAUGUCAUGGUGCCUGUGUAUAUGACUGGGAAACAGAAGGAUAAUAAUAUCACAGAGAAUGUUGAUCAUGGAUACUGUUAUUCUGCAAAUCCUGGAAAAUCCACAGCAUCCCUCUAUGCAGCCCUGGUAUGUUUUCAAAAUAUUUUCUUUGUGAGUCUCAUGCUGUGGACUAGCAGCUACAUGGUUUUCAUUCUGUACAGACACAGGCAGCAGGUCCAAUACAUCCAUGGGACCAAUGUCAACUCCAGGUCCUCCCCAGAGUCCAGAGCCACCUACAGCAUCCUCGUCCUGGUGAGCACCUUUGUGUCCUUGAGCACUCUCUCCUCCAUCUUUCACAUUUGCUUGACUGUUUUAAAGAAUCCCAGUGUGUGGCUGGUGAACACUUCUGCACUAAUCGCUGGGAGUUUCCCAGCUGUGAGCCCCUACAUUCUCAUGAGCCAUGACUCCAGAGUACCCAAUCUCUGCUGUGCCUGCACCAGGAAUAACAAGUGCCCUACUUAG